GGCAGAUUGUCCCGGGGAGGUGUACAUCGCGUCAGCUUGCGAAGAAGGACUCCACAUGAUAACCCUGCCUCCUGCUAUGCGUCUCUAGCCCAAUUAAUUAAAUCAGUUCAUCCUCACGAUGCGACGCAAAGACUUAGCAAUGGAUAUCAGAAGCAUCUCUCCUAGUCAAGAGCAAAACGGGCAUCAAGUGACGGACAACCUUGACCUCGCCGUAUUGGGCGUGUGCACUGGCACGGGGCUGGGGCACGUUGAUUGCGCGUCAGUGUUUGGUCACAGCCCUGCUUCCUUACCAGCUUGUUCAUCAAACACGCAGUUUGACCGAAUCCCCGUUCCCGCGUCUGUCAGAGAUCCCAUCGUUAGCUAUCUUCGCGGCGGCCGGCACGGAUCUGAGCCAGCGCCAACACUCGAUGAUCUACUAAGCCGAUUGUUCUCCAACGGCAUCAAGACUUUCUGCCGCAAGAAUGCCAUCGACCCUGACUCCAUCGAUCUCGUGGGCACUCACAGCGACGCCCUCAACAAUCUGACAGCACUGACGGAUCGAGAAGCCGCGAGGGAGCAACCCCUCCGUUGGAACUCCUUGAUCGCUGCAGAGACUGGAAUCAGUUCUGUUUCUGACUUUACGAUAACCGAGCAUGCAGUCACUCAUUCCCAGAUUCACCCGACCGCCUACGUCAACCGAGCUCUCUUACGGCACACGACCAGAUUCCGUGUCUGCCUCAAUAUCGACGAGAUUGCAAACUUGACUUUCAUACCCCCUCACGCCGACGAUGGAGCGCACGCUACGUUAUCUCGCGACUGCGGGCCUGGCAGUCUCCUGAUCGACUACGCCAUGCGCUACUGCACCUCGAACGCGCAGUCAUCGGACCACGACGGGAGGCUGGGCGCGCAAGGCACUGUCAACCAAAACAUCAUAGACCAGUUCCUCAACACGCGCGACUACCUUCGCCAAACACCAGCCAUGAGCAUGGCGACGGAGAUGUUCGGCGACCACGAGGCUCAGCAGCUCAUAGACGAGUGUCUGUACAACAGCAUGUCCGAAGCCGACACCAUCGCCACCGUCACUCGAGCGACCGCCCAGAACAUUCUCAAGCAGUACAACCGGCUACUCCAGCUCUUCUUCCCUCCGGGCCAGCAUGUCGACGAACUCUUUCUCUGCGGCCCCAGCGCGCGGAACACCAAUAUCGUCGACUAUCUCGAGUCUGAGCUUGCCGAGAGCGUCGUGGUUAAGCCACUGCACGCAAUCGGCAUACCGGGCGACGCGCAUGAAGCCGUCUGCUAUGCGCACCUCACGCUCGAAGCAGUGCUCGGCCAAGCAACACAGUCAGCCGACCAGCCUCCAGUGCCGAGUUCUGCGGAUGCUGUCAGAGCGAAGGUCGUGCCAGGCAGGAGGUGGAUUGAGCUGAUGAGCCACGUGCUGAACUUCAGUGGCGGGCAAAGGAUACAGAUGGCGACAAAUGUGCGGAUUAUGAAUAACCUCGUGAGUGGAGUUCAGGGAAUAGUUAUUGCGUAG